UAUUUGCGUUAUUCUCUGGAGGGUAUGCCGUAAGUGGUCGAUAAGUUUAGUUGAUUGAACGUACGUGACGAGAGAUUCUAAACGCAUCAAAUUACCAUGGUGCGCCUGACAGACCUGUUACUCAUGGCAAGGAAGCAGAUCCCUGCCUGGAAGAAGGUCAAUCGACACUACCGCUAUACCAUGUCAAGGCCCUGGACCAUCCAGGCCCAGAUACAGAACCUUCCCGGGAGGGACCGUCCCAAGGUCCAGGUGGAACCAAUCAAGGAAUGGAAGAUCUUUAGAGGUGACUUGGUUCAAGUCUUGAAGGGGAGAGAUACAAGCAAACUUGGACUCGUCCUAGAUAUUGUUAAGCAGAGAAACUGGGUCAUCGUUGAAGGUUUGAAUUGUCAUUACAGGAGGAUAGGGAGAAUGCCAGGAUACUCUGGGACAAUGAUCAAAAGUGAAGGACCCUUAGAUGUCAGGGAAGUUGCACUUGUGGACCCUUCAGACAACAAACCAACGGACAUUGAUUUCCGGUACACGGAAGCAGGAGAGAAGGUACGGGUUUCCAGGAGGACAGGGAGAAUCAUCCCCAUACCAAUAGUAGACUCUGAUUCCAGAGAUUACAAGAGCAAGGAAAGCUAUGUCGAGCAACCAAAAGACUCUGUUGCAGAGGACGUGUGUAAAAGAACAUUCGAACCCUCGUUGAAGACGGUCGAAGAGGAGCUCAUGGAAGCAUAUGAUAUCAAAGAAACAAGGAAACGUGGCAAGACUUACUGGUAUUGAGGACAUUGUAGUGCCAUAGAUGAGAGGACUCCACGCUGAGAUAGACAAUGCCAAUAAAGACUUUCCAGUGUAGCUUUCAUGGAGGGACUUGACUUCUAUGCAGUGUUAACGCAGCAAUAGGUGUUGUGUUCUCACCCAGGGGCGGAUCAAGUGUAUUAUCCAAUAGAUGCUAUGCAUUUGCUAUCUUCUGCUGUGUUACUCGGCCCCGUUUGACAUUCAGUUUCUACUAUAAAGAGAUCUUAGGAUGGUGAUACUGAUGGUUUUUUGUCGAGUACAGAAGAAGGAUAAAGUGACUACAGAGAAUGAAGCUGACAAGAUUUCUGGUUACAUUUUGUUUGAUGAAAUUCCACACUUCACAGAGUACUUUUUGUUUGUGUCAAAAAUGAACAGGCUAUGUUGAGGAGGCACAUUUUAUAUUAAUUUAAUCAAUGAUAUGAGGAUAUCAAAAAAAAUUAAUCCUGUAUUUGAUAAAAUAAGAUAUUUAUAUUUCUGCAGAACUUGAAGUUACCAAUUAACUUUGUCUCAAAAUUGCCCAGUUAUGUAUUACCACUCUGAUUAAUACUAUGUAAUAAAUAAAAGUAUCUUAUAAAUAUAAAUUUUCUUGUGUUAUUUCCAAAUUUAUUGUUUUCCAGUAUUGUAUAUUCGCAUUUUGAUUUAAAAA